AUGAUCAAACUGUUACUUGGUCCAUUUUCAUGUAUUUUAGAAACAUUACGUUCAUUCUCUUCAACUCCAAUCGGAGAAAACUCCCAAAUCAUUCAAAUUCCAAAUGAAAUUUUAUGUGAAAUUUUCGAAUACAUUUCAGGGAGUUGGUUUUCUCUGCUAAGAGUUUGUAAAUCAUUUCGGAAAGUCGUUAUAGAAUUAAUUUACAGAAAAGGGAUAAUAUUCAAUAAUUCAAUGAUGAUGGACUUGUUCAUGAUGGAAAAUAUUAGAAUUGAUGAAAAUUUAAUAUUGGACAGAAAGAUUUUGAAGAGAUAUUUCAAAACUCAUGUUUAUGAAGCUGCCUGUUGCUUAAUUAAUGAUAAUAGGACAGUGAGGAGCCCUAUGUCAGUUGUAUUUGAUCCUGAUUUGUGGCAGAAACAAGUUCAACAAUUGAAAAAUUCCUGCACUUGCUUUCAUGAAUACCAAGCCAAACAACCAAAAGAGAAAAAGAAACAUUAUUCAUAUAUUGCCGGAGAUUUCAACGUUGGAAGAUCAACAUUUUGUGAAACAGUUGUUUACAAUAAGGCGAAAUAUAAAAUCCAUAGAAAUUGGACUGAAUAUUUAAAAGUGGAUUACAAGAUUGGAGAGAAUAAUUCAUACGAGCAUGGAUUAUUUUUCCCUUCAGUACCAUCUCUGACAUUAGCUAGUCGUCAAUCCAGAACUAUUCCAAUAAUAUUUGCCAUUGAUAAUGAAAAGUCCUUCACAACAGCCAAAACAAUGUAUGAAAGUUUGAAGAGUAUGUAUAAAGAGAGAGAUCAAAUUGCAGAGUUUGUUCUGAUUGGAAAUAAGGCAGAACGAACGAAGAGAGUGAUUUCUAAACAAGUGGCUGAGAAAUUUGCAUACGAAACUAUGGAUUCCUCUCUCUAUUUUGAACAACAGUUUAAUGAUUCUGAACAAGCUCACAAAAUAAUGUUGUACAUGUUUUUGAUGGGACAGAUAAUUCUUCCCCUUUUGGAUAUUAAAGAAUAUUACUAA